AUGAAUCUGAUGAAGAAGCUGGUCAGCCAGUCAUCUAAGAUAUUAGGUGAUUCUGUUCAGACUAUAUUCUGCACAAUGUCAGCUGAAGAGAUGAUGGAAAAGUUUCCUGACGUUUUACAGUUUUGCAAUCAUGCCUCGAGACUGAUGGUUAGUGAAAUUAGGCGGAGAGCUUCCAACCAAUCAACAGAGGCGGCCAGUUAUGCCAUUGUGAAAUUUUUAGAAAUUGACUCAACACAGGAGCAGAGUAGUGGUUGGAUGUUGUUGACAACCAUAAAUUUAUUUGCAUCAGUCGGACAUGAGGCUUUCAUAAAUGGGAUGACCAUUGCAUCACUGCCAUCUACUCUUGUGAAAUGUUUCUAUCUCUUCUUCGACCUUCCCGACGUCCAGCAGCCCGAUCAGUUAGAACCUGGCUCAGAGUUCACACCAAGGGAGAGGAGGGUUCUCCUACAGAAAGUUUUUGUCCAGGUGUUGAUAAGGUUGUGCAGUUACUCAUCUCCAGCGGAGGAGCUUGUGAGGAAAGAUGAUCUGAUGCUUCUCUUCAAUGCAAUCACAAGUUUGUGCCCACCUCAUAACAUCACUUGGAGGAAAAGUGCUGCCGAAGUCCUCAUGACACUUUCAAGACAUGGACUCACUCCUAAUGUCGUUCAAUAUAUCCAUGCCAAGGGUUGCAUAGGAUUGUGCAUUGAGAACAUGCAGAAAGGUAAGAACGACCUGAGCCCGAUCGAGAUGGUCGAAAUGUUGGUCACUUUGUUCUGCUUCCUCAAAGACUCGAGUGAGGUCUCGCAGAUGAUUCUCGAUGAUUUCAGAACAUGCAAUGGUUACAAUUAUCUCACUGAAUUUCUGCUAAGUACAGAGAAGAUGGGCAGUGAGGAAGCCAUGCAAGCUCUGAGGAACCUCAUUCUGCUCGUCGGCUCUCUUUGCUCCUGUGGCUUCAUCGAACUCAAGCCAAACUUGAAGACCAGUUCUCUGUUUCACAUGCCUGGAUUUGUUGUACCACAAUCUGCUGGCAAUGGGAUGAGUGUACGGAACCUGCAGGCGUUCCAAGUCUUGCAAACAGUCUUCUUGCGGGCAUCAUCAAAGCAGCUAUGUUCGACGAUAUUAGAUGUGAUGAUAAGCUUGUAUAACCAGGACGCUUGCAAUUACUUCAUACUUGAACCACAGAACACGCUGCCACAAUUCGCCGAGAAGAUCCAUUCCAAACAUCAUGAUGUGCAGGUGAAGUUUUUUGAGAUCAUUGAAUAUGUUGCAUUCAAUUUGAACUUCGUCCCAUGCAAGGAACUCAUCAGCAUCAGCAUCCUCAUUAAGGCUGAUCAAUCAAUAUCCUGCAACAUCUUAUGCAUGCGAACGUUGCUUCGCCUGCUUCAACACCACAGCAUCUACAAAGAUGUCUUCAGAGAGGUCGGUCUCUUAGAAGUUAUGGUUGUCUCGCUUCAUAGAUUUGCUGCACUACUCAAGGAAGAAGAGGCAUCGAACGCUUCUACAACUGCUACAACUACAUCUACUAUGUCUGCCGCUACUACAUCUGCUACAAGUACUAAUAUUUCCGAUUCUUCCGAUGAUGCUAAGACUAGUCAUGUUAACAGUGCUAAGACAACUGCAGAUGCAGCAGCUUUACGAGCUACUUCAUCGCCUGUUGCUGGGUCUUGUGGUAGUAGCAGUAGCGAGAGGAGGGUGACAGAAGAUGACAAAGUUAUGGGCUUUCUCGUCAUGGACUCACUCCUCUUGCUACUCAAUAACGAUAAUGCCGGGGUGUUCAGAGAGUCAGGGGGGGCCCGAUGCAUCUUGAACCUCGUACCUUACAGGAUCUGCCAAUCAAAAGCUUUAUCCAUUGUACAGCACCUCAUGACGACCGCCAGUGGAGAGGAUGACAUGGGCACCCUUCUUGGACUCAUGCAGAGCUCAUCACCACAACAGCUCCAGCUCAAAAUACAAAUCAUUAAGUCACUGUUACAAGUUCUGAAGGAAAGUCACAGGAGCAGAACAGUGUUUAGAAAAGUUGGAGGCUUCGUGUACAUAAUGACAGUCCUAGUUUCCAUGGAGGGCGCCCUAGCGGACCCCCCAAAGCUUCCCUGGACACUUGAAUACCAAAAUUGCGUGCUGCAACUGAUCAGACUCAUGUUUUCUACGUUGUCAGUAGCCAUGAGGUAUGAACCGGCUAAUGCUAGGUUCUUCUCCACUGAAAUACGAUACAGUAGUCUAACUGAAGCCAUUCGUCUGCUCGGUUGUUUCAGCAGUGAUGUCGAGUCGUUGACUUUGAAUGAGGUCCUCUCUGAUGGCGAUUUUGUGGCCACUGACGACGACAGCAAGAAUAAUAAUAAUACUUUUGAGUGGAAUUCAUUGGAUGUUAAUCAUUUCUUUUUCCGAAUUCAAGCUGGUGGUGGUGGCGUUGCUACUGCAGCUGCUACUGUUGACAUGCAAAACAAUCUGCCGUGCUUGCUGACGCACACAACAAUCCUGCUGAGGCACCUCUAUGAUCUGGCCCUUGAUAAUUUUGAGAGUAAGAUGCAUGUUACAACUACUUCGUUACCAAGCGGCCAAUCGUUAGACCAGCCAGCCAAUCAGAAUCUACCUCAUAACUCAACUCCACCAACAUUCAAGAGAUUCUUCUCUCAGACUGACCAAUCGAAUUCAAGCCCCACACACUCCUUUAUUGAAAAAUUUCCAGUCAAUCAAUCAUGUAAAAGAAAUAGCAUCUGCUCUCAACAAUUGGCUAUCACUCCAGCCAAUAGCAGCGAGGUUCUAGUCAUUCAUCCAGGGGCUGUUCUUUCAUUCCUUCAUCUUAUUCCUGCUAUUACUUACUCUCAGCCAUCCCAUUACAAAGCCUGCAAGCAGUUACAAUAUCAGAUGUGUGAAGUUUUGAAGUCACUGGUCAGGUCAGAGAGAAAUCAGCAGAUUAUGUGUGAAGCAGGUCUGCUAAGUGGGCUGUUUAAACAAAUGGACGGUCCUCUGUAUCUCGAGAAGCACUUCCUUCAUGCUCCUCUCCAGUACAUCUUUGAGAGGUUAUCUGCUCAGUCACUCACUCCAAAAGAGUUGAGACAUUUCUUCAGACUGGGCCUUCCGCUCUGCUCAGCAUCUGAAGAUGAAUCAAUGUACGAUGCUAGGAGACUGGCCACACAUUCCAUGUCGGCCACCUACGCUACUGUUCUGGAUCACGAUCAUCAUCAUCAUCCUCAUCAUCCUCACUUUCACAACCUUAUUUCGGCUUCAUUUUCUUCUGGUUCAUUGUCAUCACCCAUCUCUCUCCUCCCGCCAACACCCAACCCACUAAAAGAGAAUAGAGACCACAAAACCAGGUCAACAUCGUCCAUAGCUUCGGACACGACAGCUGCCACUUUGCUGACUGGUGGCUUAGUGCCUCUGACUCGAGUUAAAUGUUUAGUGUCUAUGACGACGCCGAGAGACAUCAGGUUAUCAGGCACGAGCACAAUGCCAGCCUUUGUUGAGUUCGACAUGCAGAUGGAGGGAUUUGGAUGUCUGUAUCUGCCCAGCAUGGCACCUCAGGGAUCAGGGUUGACUCCCUCCCUGGUUGCUGCGGGCAUGAUGGGAGGAGUCACGGGAAGUGUUGACCAGUCAGUACAUGGUGGCAUUGGAAAUGGUGUAUGUUAACAUAGAAGAUAACUACCAUAUGGAAUCACGUGAAAUCAACCAAGCUUUUAAGAAAAUUCCUAUAUGUAUAUAUAUCGUUUUAUUUAUUUAUUUUUUAUUUUACGUUAGUAUAUUCUGGAUAAUUUAUUUAUUUUUAUUUUACGUUAUCUUUAUGGUCAUGCUAAUCUUGUCCAGGGUAGCCCGCUAGAACAAUUUAUUUUCUACUUCCGGAUCUCCCGAUUACGAAUUUUGUUUGUUUUGUUUGGAUCAAAUAAAAUAUUUGAAUUGAAUUUG